UAGAUCAACAAGUCCACCACGUAGCGAAGUUACAGCGGCAGUUUACACGCGAUCGUGCGAGCUGCGGCAUCAUGUCGCUUUCCGUGAAAAUUAAGCAAUUUCAGAUUCCCAAAUGCAAGGGGGAAAAAUUAGCUAGGAUCGAGUUCAGAGGUGUAUCGCAUAUCAUCCGACUGGAGGAUACUGGAUCAGAAUUAUACGUUGUCGAUCAGAUAUACGACUGGCCAGUAUGCCGCCCAGUUGAAGAGAGCGAGACCCUUCAAAUCGACCUAUUUUCAAGAAACCGUGUGUUCUCCGACAAAAUCAUAGGAAGCUAUGCUCUUUUUCUGCAGGGGGUCGUGAAAGAUGGUCGACUCAUGGUUUCUGACACAUUCUUGGAUCCGAAUAAUCAAUCUAUACCGGUUCUGCUUGAAUUUGAAGUACUGUAUGUGGUGCCUGAGGAUUCCCUACCAUCAUUCGCUCCUAGUAAUUUCGAAAAUCUGGAUGACGAUCAACAUAUGCUAAUAGAUAUUGAGCAAAAUAUAAAAAAUUAUGAAAGGAGUAUUUCAGUGACAUCCGCGCAAGAGAAAAAUCCGAUUCGGAGUAGCAUCAGCGUCGCGUCUGGCGGAAAAACCUCCUCUUUGGCAGACAGGAAAAGGACAUCACCUCUUCGUAACGUGAGGAAUUUAAUACGUUUUGGCAAGCAGAGACCCCCGAAGGACGAUUCUGACAAUAUAGGUGAAACUACGUCUCUAAUCUACGCUGAAGAAUCCGAUAAAAACACGACGGGCGUAGGAAAGGGACCUUGGGAGGUCGAGUCAGCUCCCGUUUCGAGGGCCGGUAGUCAAAGCUCUUUGGGUUCUCACAAUGAGGACGAAACGAUGCUCAUCGACGCCGAAGGAAACAAGAGGGUUGCUCGAUUGAAGACGGACCUCCGCACCAGCGCCCAAUUAGCUUUAAAAGCUCAGGACUUCCAAGUGUGUCUAACAAUAAUAGAAGCUCGACAACUCGCUGGAUUGAACAUGGACCCUGUUGUUUGUAUACAAAUAGGGGACCAAAAGAAGUAUACAAGCGUUAAAGAGAGCACAAACUGCCCGUAUUAUAACGAGUACUUCGUCUUCGACUUCCACAUGCCACCGAUCAUGCUCUUCGAUAAAAUCAUCGUCCUUUCGGCCUGGCGUCAUAGAAUGUUUCCUAGAGGUGAUAAAUUUAUUGCUAAUUUCAAAAUGGACAUUGGAACUGUUUGGGCACAGCCAGAUCACCAGUUUUUUCACAAAUGGGCCCUGCUGACUGAUCCGGAUGAUAUUACUGCUGGCCCAAAGGGAUAUUUGAAAUGCGACAUCAGCGUGAUAGGAAAAGGAGAUCCGGUGAAGGUUCCAGCUAAGAGUGAAAAGGAUGAGGAUGAUAUAGAAGCGAAUCUGCUUCUACCUGAUGGAGUUCCCAUUAAUAGGCAGAAAGCAAAGCUUAUCAUAAAAAUAUAUAAAGCCGAUGGUUUACCUAAAAUGAAUUCCAGUUUGAUGGCGAAUGUUAAGAAGGCCUUCACAGGAGAGAGUCAAGACUUAGUGAGCCCUUACGUGCAGGUGUCAUUCGCUGGUUUGCAGGGUAAAACCAGCGUGAAAAAACAUUCUUACGCACCGGUAUGGAAUGAACAAAUUGUGUUCACGGAGAUGUUUCCACCCCUGUGUCAGAGGAUCAAAAUCCAACUUCGAGACGACGACCCCAUCAAGCCCCAGGUGAUAGGGACCCACUUCAUCGACCUGAAAACGAUUUCGAACGACGGAGAAAAGGGAUUCCUCCCCACAUUCGGGCCAUCCUUCGUCCACUUGUACGGAUCAACCAGGGAUUACAGUCUUAUCGACAGGCAUUCGAACCUGAACACUGGCUUCGGAGAAGGUGUUUCCUAUCGGGCAAGGUUACUCUUAGCAAUUCGGACAGAAAUAUCAGACUCUAUAAUGGAUCUGGCGCCUUCGGCAGUAGAAGUUGAGUUUACACCACCUGUCAACGAGGAAUCAUAUGCGAAGAAUGAUGAAUACUUUCUUUUCACAACCUUAAUGAGUGCAUCCAUGAUUGAUAAGAAAUUUGGAGACAAGCCAGUGUAUUUGGAACUGAGCAUGGGAAAUGCUGGAAACGCUAUAGAUGGUCAAAAUACAUCUGUUAAAGAACAUUACGAUUCGGAUAGUGAUGAAUUAGAAUCUGUUACUGCAGACUGUGGAUCGUGGCUCAGUACUACUCCACCAUCGAAGCCAAUGACUCACGAUAAAGUAUAUUAUUUUCUGCCUUAUUGGGAUAACAAACCCUGCAUGCAUAUCAGAUCCGUGUGGCCAGAUUUGAGAAGAAGGAUGUAUAACUCGAAUAUCAUAGCGAAAAUUAUAGAUAAGCUAGAAGACGGAUUGCAAGACGUCAGUUCGCUUCAUGAAAUAGAUAGUCCACUGACAGAGUCUAGAUUGAAACAAGUAUUAGAAGAGCUCCACCAGGCGUGCGGAAAGUACGUGAGCAUUACUCAAACUAGUCUCGCAGGACCUGGUACAGGCAAGACAAAAUUGGACAAGGAGCAUGUGAAGCUUUGUUUGAGAGAAAUAGAGUUUAUGGGAUCGUCGUCUAGGAAUUUGAAAGCACUAGUUACGAAGAGUUCCUUCAAAGAGAGAUACAAGGUUACACAAUCCUAUUUGGCCAAACUGAAGUUCCUUGUAGAAGACCCCCAACAUGCUCUUCCGGACGUGUUUUUAUGGCUCAUAAGUGGCGGCAAACGACAAGCAUAUCAAAGGAUACCUGCUCGUGAUAUUAUCUACUCCGUAGUUGAGGAAGAACGCGGCAAGGACUGUGGUAAAGUACGCACCAUGUUUCUCAAAUUUCCAAGUAAAAAGGGAGCUAAGCAAACUGGAUGGACAAUUCCCUGUAAACUCAGGAUAUUUAUCUGGCUAGGCACCCUCAAACACAAGAAAUAUUUCAUCAAUGGCAUUCCGAAGGGAUAUGAGGAAACGCAGGAAUUCAAGAAUGUGGAAAGACCGAGAGCUAUGCCUCCUUCUACGAUACACUAUGUGGAAAAACACAUUUUCCAGCUGAGAGCUCAUAUUUACCAAGCGAGAUCUCUGAUAGGCAGUGAUUCUUCUGGUUUAUCAGAUCCUUUUGCCUCAGUGAUUGCGGGUGAAUUCAGCAAAACUACACAGGUUAUCGACGAGACUCUUAGUCCCACCUGGGAUGAGCUAUUAGUGUUCGAGGAGAUUUUACUUUACGGAGCCGCCGAUGAGAUAAAGCAUGAUCCAAUUUCCAUAAUAAUUGAAAUAUUCGAUCAGGACAAAGUGGGAAAAUCUGAAUUUAUCGGACGAGCUUUGGCUAAGCCCAGGGUGAAAUUGAGAGGAGAGCUUUAUACCAAACCCAAAUUUCCUCCGAUGUUAGAGUGGUUUGAGAUCCACAGAGGUGCCGACAAAGCCGGUGAAUUACUUGCUGCCUUCGAACUCCUAGAGAUACCGAAUGAACAAGAUGGAGAUUUACCUCCACUACCAGCCCCUAAAGAAAUACCGAUCUUCAAAGACACCGACCUGCGAACCUUCACAGCUCCUAUUUUGCCGGUACCUAGAGGAAUCCGACCUACACUGGCUCGUUACCGAAUUGAAGUUCUAUUCUGGGGUCUUCGGGAUCUGAAGAGGGUACACAUGUUGAGCGUGGACAAGCCCAGGGUGGACGUGGAGUGUGCCGGACAAAUUCUUUCCUCGAGCAUCAUUACGAACGCCAAGAAAAACCCGAAUUUCACGAACCCCGUUAAAUUUUUCGAGAUCGAUCUGCCGGAACAAGAACUGUACAGACCGCCUCUGACUAUUAGAUGCGUGGACUGCAGGAGCUGGGGGCUGUUUACGCUAGUGGGAACCCACACAAUCAACUCCAUACACAAAUACAUGUACAUUCCGCCGACUGCCAAAGACAAGGAUCCCUCUAAUAGCACCCCACAGAAGAUGCUGGUAGUUGACGACUGGAGUGUCGGAUUUUACGGACCGAACCAAACAUCUGGGACAAAUAACACCACCAUAAAAUCUCCACUCCUUCCGAAGGAUAAUUCAGGAGGUGGUUACGGUACGCAGGAAAAUAGAAUGAUGACGAGAAAUGAGGCUCCUCAAGUGAACAGAAAGAGAAAAAACAGUGUUGAGGAAGAAGAAGACGAAGAAGACGACAACAAAGAUUGGUGGACCAAAUACUAUGCGUCGGUCGAAAGAAUGUGCGAAGAACUAAAAGAGGAACAGACGAAAAUCUUCAAAGGAAGUAAUCUCGAAAUUCCAAAUCAAAAUGAGAACUCGACCUCACCCAGCACACUUUCGGAGAAAAGUCCUUCAACCGGAGAAACGAGGAAAAAAUUCAACUUCAAAACUGCUGUUAAUGCGUCGAGAUUCGCAACUAGGAUAAGUCCCAAAGGACAGAGAAAAAUUCCUGUAGAAAGGAAGAAGAAAAAAUCGCCCACUUUUAAGAUUUAUAAAAACGAACUGGAACAUCAAACCGAAUACAAUCAAUUCAAGGACUGGUUGGAUACUUUUCCUUUAUAUAGGGGGAAGAAAACUGAGGACGAUGCGGAAGAUGAUAGCAGGAUAGUUGGAUACUUCAAGGGUGCUAUAAAAGUCUACAAGUGGCCUUUACCGAAGGACAGUCUGGAAACACGUGACCUCACGAAUGGUUACUUUCAAGGUCUGCCCUCCAAUGAACCAAUCAAGGUGAUGGUACGAGUGUACAUUGUAAAAGCCAGUGACUUGCAUCCACAGGAUCUCAACGGGAAAGCCGAUCCUUAUGUAGUUCUCCAACUUGGUAGCAAGAGAAUUAGCGACAAAGAAAACUAUGUGUCUAAGACCCUGAAUCCUGUUUUCGGAAAAUGUUUCGAGAUAGAGGCUACAUUCCCACAGGAUUCCAUGCUGACGGUUCAGAUUUACGAUUGGGAUCUUCUAGGUUCUGACGACCUCGUUGGAGAAACUAGAAUUGACUUGGAGAACAGAUUCUACAGCAAACAUCGGGCAACUUGUGGUUUUCCAACGAAAUACGAGGAAACAGGACAUAACGCAUGGCGGGAUCCAAUGAAACCAACCCAAAUACUGGCCAAACUCUGUAAAGAUGCGAAAAUUGAUCCUCCAAUUUAUGGAAAUGGACAAGUCAAGCUAUGCCGCCAAGUGUUCACUCUUCAAACGGAGGAUUACGAGAACGGUUGUGGCAAAAAUGUCGAUGAGCAAAUCGCCCUGAACAUACUCAAUAAAUUCCACCAUCUUGCAGAGAUCGGUUGCCCUUUGGUCCCGGAGCACGUCGAGACUCGACCGCUCUACAACCCUGAGAAACCCGGAAUCGAACAGGGAAAGUUGGAAAUGUGGGUGGACAUGUUUCCGAAGGACAUGCCGCUGCCCGGACCGCCAGUGGAGAUAUCUCCGCGUAAACCGUGCAGUUAUGAACUUCGUGUCAUCAUAUGGAACACAGACGAGGUAGUUUUGGAGGAUGAUGCCUUCUUUACAGGAGAAAAGAUGUCAGAUAUAUAUGUGAAGGGAUGGUUAAAAGGACAAGAAGAUUGCCAAUCUACGGAUAUACAUUAUCGCUCAUUGACGGGAGAGGGUAACUUCAAUUGGAGGUUUAUUUUCCCCUUCGAAUAUUUAGAUGCAGAACAGAAAAUUGUCAUCACCAAGAAGGAAUCAAUGUUCUCGUGGGAUGAAACUGAGAGUAAAAUACCUGCACGGCUAGAACUUCAAGUUUGGGAUGCCGAUCAUUUCUCUGCCGACGAUUUCCUAGGUAAUAUAACAUUGGACUUGAACAAGUUCCCCAGAGGCGCAAAAUCGGCAAAACUGUGUACCCUUGAUAUCCUGAAAAAUGAUGGCUCAGUUCCCAUGGUGAAUAUUUUCAAGCAAAGAAGGAUCAAAGGCUGGUGGCCGUUCUUCGUUAAAAAGGAAGAUAACGACGAAAUGGAGCUGACGGGAAAAGUCGAGGCUGAAUUCCAUCUCGUCACAGCGGAAGAAGCUGAAAAAGCUCCUGUUGGACCGGCCAGAAAUGAACCGGAGCCCUUGGAUAAACCGAACCGGCCGGACGCCUCCUUCGUGUGGUUCAUGAAUCCUCUGAAGUCUAUGCGAUAUGUCUUAUGGCACAAUUAUAAAUGGAAAAUCUUAAAGUUUCUCAUCAUAACCGGAAUAGCAAUAAUGAUUUUGCUCUUCUUCUAUGCAAUUCCCGGUUAUUCUGUGAAACGAAUUAUGGGUGCUUAGUUCUGCUCAUUUUCAUUUAAUAAGUACAAAACACUGUUUUCAUUGUUGUAUAUUAUAUAAAACUGUAAAUUUCAUGGCUCUGUAAGAUAAUUUCAUUGAAUUCAUAAAAUAAAAUUAUAAUUCAUUUCAUGCUUGCACAUCAUUUCAUAUGAACAGUUACCAAGAAAAUAAAUAUGAGAAUGGAGAUCGAAGGAAGGCAAUUAACGAUUCGCACUCCUAGCUGAA